UGAAAUGUUUUUUUCAUUUUUCGAUUUAAUGGCGGAUCGUGGAUCAGUGAUUGAAGUUGAUAAUCGCUUAGUGUGAGUGAAUAUUAGUUGUUUAAUGUUCAUGUGUUAGUUAAAAAAAUCAUCAGCACCGCCUGGGUGUAUGCCACGGGUGGGCGGAAACAAGAUAUGGCGGAGAAUAGAGGUUCGGACAACGUCGUUAUGCCGGACAUUACCGAAGUAUCCGAAGCCGAUCCCCUGUCGGCGGGGGCCGAUCACGAUGCCGACCGAUCUGAUGGCGGAGCUGUUUUGUCGACUGGAAUCAAAAACACAAGAUUGUCUAGUGAUUCUAAUGGCGUGGUUACUGUACCAGUGUCUCUGCCGGUCGGCACACUCAUUACUGGGACGACAUUUAACGUGAUAACGUCAGAUCAGCUGCCGCAUUUCAAGCCUAUGAUAUGUGUUGAUAGUGGUUUUAUAUCAGGCGGGCCAGUAUCAGAUGAAAUUAAGCCUACGCAUAUAGUGAUACAGAAUCCGCCUUCGCCGGCACGGCAGGAGGAGAGCAGCUCGAGCACGCCCAACGCGCGACACACGAGCGCUUGCUCCUGGGAUGAGACUGCCAACAUGCCUAUCCUGCCGAUCAGGUGCAAGAACACGCCCGCCGAGCUGCACAAACUGAGGUUUGGCUCUGGUGGUAGAGGCAGGUGCAUUAAAUAUGGAAUGGAAUGGUACACGCCUAGUGAAUUCGAGGCCUUAUGCGGAAGGGCUUCUAGCAAGGACUGGAAAAGGUCUAUUAGGUUUGGUGGGCGAAGUAUCCAGGCCCUGAUAGAUGAGGGCAUUCUGACCCCUCAUGCCACCAGUUGCACCUGUGGGGCAUGCUGUGAUGAUCAGUCAGCUAUGGGCCCCGUGCGGUGGUUCACUCCUUAUAAGAGACGAAGACGCCAUAACCAGGAUAGCGAGGAAAAGAAGACGAAAGUGAGGAGAGGAACCAAUUUGGCAGAAGGCGAGGUUGACAACAUACAUCAGAGCAGUAACAAUAGCAAUAAUUCUAAGGAGGCCUGGCAGACGAUUGCUGAAGGAUUGGACACUAACGCUGACUACCAUAUAUUAGAGAAUCCUGAUACAAACGCGGAAUCCAUACCAGGACUUCCCGAUAUGAGUGGUGUACUCAAAAGAUUGGACGACAUCGGUCAAUCGUUAGUGAGACUAGCAUCGGAAUUAAAACAGUGCGUGGAGGACGUUCGCGUCGUGAAUGCCCGGCAGCUAGAGCGCCUCGAGCAGGAGCGAGCUACCGCGCUGCUUGCCGCGAGCGUCGACGCGCACGUAGACGCCGAACAGGUGUCGCUGCACAACGUGGACGACACUGAAGCUAAAAAGUGUGCAAAUUGCAACCGCGAGGCAUCGGCUGAGUGCUCUCUCUGUCGUCGCACCCCCUAUUGCUCUACGUACUGCCAGAAGAAAGACUGGGCAGCUCACCAGAUCGAGUGUUUGCGCUCUGUGCCUACCAUCCACGCCGACGCUCAGCAGCACCAAUCUAUCAUGCUCAUUGUCGAGAGCCAGCAUCAGUAGAACGGGAAUACAACAUCUUUCAACACCAUACAUCAAGCCUUAGCUUUCUUUCUAUACGCGGAAGACACUCUCAAUACCUCCUUGUUGCAAUAUUUUGUUUAGUAAUGUAUAAUUUAUUUAGUCAUAAUGUACUGUACAGGUAGGUAAGUCCCGGCUGUCAUUGAACAUCCUUGGCAGUCGUUACGGGUAGUCAGAAGCCAGUAAGUCUGACACCAGUCUAACCAAAUGGUAUUGGGUUGCCCGGGUAAUUGGGUUGAGGGGGUCAGUUAGCUACAUCCGUUAGACUGGAAGCCGACCCCAACAUAGUUGGGAAAAAGGCUCGAAGGAUGUAUUGUACAAAUAUGUUUCAUGUUAUUUUAAUCGGUAUAAGUUUUAAUGGAUUGUACAUUUUAUUGUUUCAUGUUAACUAAAGUUAUCGACGAAUAAUGACAACUCUGCCUGCCUAUAAUCGUAUAAUGCGUUUUUUUUUAAAUUUCAAUGUAUGUUUUCAUCAUCGGUUUCAUCUGCGUCCAGCGGGAAUUAUUUCAUGCAUCCGACAAAUUGGAUAUCUUACACUCAAAUAAUUUUUAAAGCAAGCAAUUAAAUAAACUUUUUAGCUUGAAAGUCACGACACACUGCAACGGCAAAGCACGUUGUUUCAUAGUACAUUGUUAUGGUUCAUUCAUUACUGCCAUAACCUAUUUUGUAAUACGUCUUGGACUGUUUUACUGGACUAUGGGUACCCAUAAUUUUCAAAAAUACAACCCCAGUUUUCAGAAUUUAAUAUUCUUGGUGUAAUGUAGAGAGAUGGUUGUUUGAGGAAUUAGGAAUUAUGUUUUCGCAUUUUUUUACCCUAUAUCUAUAUUUUUUUACAACAACAAUUUUUAUGUGGUGUUCAUGGCGAGAAAUGUUUUUUUUUUUUGCAUUUUUUUUAGUGUUCUUAUAUUUUGGCGAUUCCGUCACCUCUGAAGACGGGAUAGCUUACUUUUUCCAUUCUUCCAGUGUUGAGUGCGUCUUGUGACGGUUGUGAUGUUGUUUUGACCUUAGGUGUGUUAAUUGCCAGUUUUUCAAUUUUCGUCAAAAUUUACUUUCACCGAAUUUAGGUGACCGUGAAUAUGGACUGUUCCGACUACGUCGCAUCUAUUUUAGAUGACCAUGGAUAUGGGUUUCCGACUACGUCGCAUCUUACUUAAUCUCCCAAUGGUGCUGAUCGCGAGAAAUGCAUUGACGCUGAAGACGAGAUUGCUUACUUUUCUAUUUUCCCAGUGUUCACUACGUCUUGGGAACAAUUUUUUAACUUUUGUCAUAAUCAAACGUUGAAGUAUCUGAAGCUUUUCUUUUGCCUUUUUCCAUGGCGUUCUCAUAUUCUGGCGAUUUCGUCACCUCUGAAGAUGGGAUAGCUUACUUUUUCCAUUUUUCCAUGGCUUUUUUAUAUUCUGGCGAUUCCGUCACACCGAAGAUGGGAUAGCUUACUUUUUAAAAUUUUUCCAGUGUUGAGUGUGUCUUGUGACGGCGGUGAUGCCGUUUUGACUGGAGGUGUGUUGAUUGCCAGUUUCUCAACUUCGCCGAAUUUAGGUGACCGUGAAUAUGGACUUUUCCGACUAUGUCGCAUCUAUUUUAGGUGACCAUGGAUAUGGGUUUCCGACUAUGUCGCAUCUUACUUAAUCUCCCAAUGGUGUUGAUCGCGAGAAAUGCGUUUAUUUUUCCUUUUGCCAUCGCGUUCUUAUAUUCUGGCGAUUCCGUCUCCCCUGAAGACAAGAUUGCUUACUUUUCUGUUUUUCCAGUGUUCACUGCGUCUUAUGAAGAUUUUUUUCACUUUUGUCAUAAUCAAACGUUGGAGUAUCUCUCAUGGCGAGAAAGGCUUUUUUUUUUUAAUUUUCCUGUGACGUUCUCAUAUUCUGGCGAUUCCGUCACACCGAAGAUGGGAUAGCUUACUUUUUAAAAAUUUUCCAGUGUUAAGUGUCUUGUGAAGUCGGUGAUGGCGUUUUGACUGGAGGUGUGUUGAUUGCCAGUUUCUCAACUUUCGCCGAAUUUAGGUGACCGUGAAUAUGGACUUUUCCGACUAUGUCGCAUCUAUUUUAGGUGACCAUGGAUAUGGGUUUCCGACUAUGUCGCAUAUUACUUAAUCUCCCAAUGGUGCUGAUCGCGAGAAAUGCGUUUAUUUUUCCUUUUGCCAUCGCGUUCUUAUAUUUUGGCGAUUCCGUCACCCCUGAAGACGAGAUUGCUUACUUUUUCUGUUUUUCCAGUGUUCAUUACGUCUUGUGAAGAAUUUUUUCACUUUUGUCAUAAUCAAACGUUGGAGUAUCUGAUGCUUUUCUUUAGCAUUUUUCCAUAAUAUUCUCAUUUUCUGGCGAUUUGUUCACCUCUGAAGAUGGGGUAGGUUACUUUUUCCAUUUUCCAGUGUUGAGCGCGUCUUGUGACGGUUGUGAUGUUGUUUUGACCUUAGGUGUGUUCAUUGCCAGUUUUUCAAUUUUUGACAAAGUUUACUUUCGCCGAAGUUAGGUGGCCGUGAAUAUGGACUUUUCCGACUACGUCGCAUCGUACUUAAUCUCCCAAUGGUGCUGAUGGCGAGAAAUGCGUUUUUUUGCCAACACUUUGAGAUUACUUACUUUUUCUGUUUUUCCAGUGCUCACUACGUCUUGUGAAGAAUUUUUUAACGUUUGUCAUAAACGUUGAAAUAUCUGAAGCUUUUCUUUUGCCUUUCUCCACUAUAUUUUCAUAUUAUGGCGAUUUCGUCACCUCUGAACAUGGGGUAGCUUACUUUUUCAAUUUUUCCAGUGUUGAGUGCGUCUGGUGACGGCGGUGAUGCUGUUUUGACUGGAGGUGUGUUGAUUGCCAGUUUUUCAACUGUCGUCAAAGUUUACUUUCGCCGAAUUUAGGUGACCGUGAAUAUGGACUUUUCCGACUACGUCGCAUCUUUCUUAAUCUCCCAAUGGUGCUGAUCGCGAGAAAUGCUUUUUUUUGCCAACACCUAAGUAUUUGUGAUUCCGUCACCCCAGAAGACGAGAUUACUUACUUUUUCAGUUUUUCCAGUGUUCACUACGUCUUGUGAAGAAUUUUUACACUUUUGUCAUAAUCAAACGUUGGGAGUAUCUCUCAUGGCGAGAAAUGCUGCUUGCAUGGCGAGAAAUGCUGCUUGAUUUUCAUUUUUUAACUUCGUUUUCAUAUUCUGCCGGUUCUGUCACCUCUGAAGAUGGGAUAGCUUACUUUUUCCAUUUUUCCAUGGCUUUUUUAUAUUCUGGCGAUUCCGUCACACCGAAGAUGGGAUAGCUUACUUUUUAAAAUUUUUCCAGUGUUGAGUGUGUCUUGUGACGUCGGUGAUGGCGUUUUGACUGGAGGUGUGUUGAUUGCCAGUUUUUCAACUUCAAAAUAAAACGGUUGAAGUUUACCUACGCCGAAUUCAGGGGACCAUGGAUGUGGUGUUCCGACUAUGUCGCAUAUAACUUCAUUCCCAAUGGUGUUGGUGCGAGAAACGUUUGUUCUCUCAUUUAUUUCACAACACCUGUUUUUUGGUGAUUCCGUCACCCCUGAAGACGAGAUUGCUUACUUUUUCUGUUUUUCCAGUGUUCACUACGUCUUGUGAAGAAUUUUUUCACUUUUGUCAUAAUCAAACGUUGGAGUAUCUCUGAUGGAGAGAAAUGCUUUUUUUUUCAUUUUUCUGUGACGUUCUCAUAUUCUGGCGAUUCCGUCACACCGAAGAUGGGAUAGCUUACUUUUUAAAAUUUUUCCAGUGUUGAGUGUCUUGUGAAGUCGGUGAUGGCGUUUUGACUGGAGGUGUGUUGAUUGCCAGUUUCUCAACUUUCGCCGAAUUUAAGUGACCGCGAAUAUGGACUUUUCCGACUAUGUCGCAUCUUACUUAAUCUCCCAAUGGUGCUGAUCGCGAGAAAUGCGUUUUUUUGCCAACACCUAAGUAUUUGCGAUUCCGUCACCCCAGAAGACGAGAUUACUUACUUUUCUGUUUUUCCAGUGUUCACUACGUCUUGUGAAGAAUUUUUUAACUUUUGUCAUAAACGAUGAAAUAUCUGAAGCUUUUCUUUUGCCUUUUUCCAUGGUGUUCUCAUAUUCUGGCGAUUUCGUCACCUCUGAAGAUGGGGUAGCUUUCUGUUUCCAUUUUUCCAGUGUUGAGCGCGUCUUGUGACGGCGGUGAUGCUGUUUUGACUUUAGGUGUGUUAAUUGCCAGUUUUUCAACUUCAAAAUAAAACGGUUGAAGUUUACCUACGCCGAAUUCAGGGGACCAUGGAUGUGGUGUUCCGACUAUGUCGCAUAUAACUUCAUUCCCAAUGGUGUUGGUGCGAGAAACGUUUGUUCUCUCAUUUAUUUCACAACACCUGUUUUUGGGUGAUUCUGUCACCCCUGAAGACGAGAUUGCUUACUCUUUCUGUUUUUCCAGUGUUCACUACGUCUUGUGAAGAAUUUUUUCACUUUUGUCAUAAUCAAACGUUGGAGUAUCUCUGAUGGUGAGAAAUGCUUUUUUUUUUCAUUUUUCUGUGACGUUCUCAUAUUCUGGCGAUUUCGUCACCUCUGAAGAUGGGAUAGCUUACUUUUUCCAUUUUUCCAUGGCUUUUUUAUAUUCUGGCGAUUCCGUCACACCGAAGAUGGGAUAGCUUACUUUUUAAAAUUUUUCCAGUGUUGAGUGUGUCUUGUGACGUCGGUGAUGCCGUUUUGACUGGAGGUGUGUUGAUUGCCAGUUUCUCAACUUCGCCGAAUUUAGGUGACCGUGAAUAUGGACUUUUCCGACUAUGUCGCAUCUAUUUUAGGUGACCAUGGAUAUGGGUUUCCGACUAUGUCGCAUCUUACUUAAUCUCCCAAUGGUGUUGAUCGCGAGAAAUGCGUUUAUUUUUCCUUUUGCCAUCGCGUUCUUAUAUUCUGGCGAUUCCGUCUCCCCUGAAGACAAGAUUGCUUACUUUUCUGUUUUUCCAGUGUUCAUUACGUCUUGUGAAGAAUUUUUUCACUUUUGUCAUAAUCAAACGUUGGAGUAUCUGAUGCUUUUCUUUAGCAUUUUUCCAUAAUAUUCUCAUUUUCUGACGGUUUGUUCACCUCUGAAGAUGGGGUAGGUUACUUUUUCCAUUUUCCAGUGUUGAGCGCGUCUUGUGACGGUUGUGAUGUUGUUUUGACCUUAGGUGUGUUCAUUGCCAGUUUUUCAAUUUUUGACAAAGUUUACUUUCGCCGAAGUUAGGUGGCCGUUAAUAUGGACUUUUCCGACUACGUGGCAUCGUACUUAAUCUCCCAAUGGUGCUGAUCGCCAGAAAUGCGUUUAUUUUUCCUUUUGCCACCGCGUUCUUAUAUUCUGGCGAUUCCGUCACCCCUGAAGACGAGAUUGCUUACUUUUUCUGUUUUUCCAGUGUUCACUACGCCUUGUGCAGAAUUUGUAACUUUUGUCAUAAUCAAACGUUGGAGUAUCUCUCAUGGCGAGAAAUGCUGCUUGUUUUUCAUUUUUCGACUUCGUUCUCAUAUUCUGGCGGUUCUGUCGCCUCUGAAGACGGGAUAGCUUACUUUUUCCAUUUUUCCAGUGUUGAGUGCGUCUGGUGACGGCGGUGAUGCUGUUUUGACUGGAGGUGUGUUGAUUGCCAGUUUUUCAACUGUCGUCAAAGUUUACUUUCGCCGAAUUUAGGUGACCGUGAAUAUGGACUUUUCCGACUAUGUCGCAUCUAUUUUAGGCGACCAUGGAUAUGGGUUUCCGACUAUGUCGCAUCUUACUUAAUCUCCCAAUGGUGCUGAUCGCGAGAAAUGCGUUUAUUUUUCCUUUUUCCAUCGCGUUCUCAUAUUCUGGCGAUUCCGUCACCUCUGAAGACGGGAUAGCUUACUUUUUCCAUUCUUCCAGUGUUGAGCGCGUCUUGUGACGGUGGUGAUGCUGUUUUUGGAGGCUUUAGUUAAUUGCCAGUUUUUCAACUUUAAAGUAAAAAGGUUGAAGUUUACCUACGCCGAAUUUAGGUGACUCUCAUUUAUUUCACAACAGCUAUUUUUGGGUAAUUCCGUCUCCUCUGAAGGGGAUUGUGUACUUUUUCUAUUAUUUUUUUUCAGUGGUGACUGCGUUUUACGUUGGUGAUGCGGUUCUGAUGGGAGGUUGAUUGCCAGUUUUUCAAAUUUCGCCAAAUUUAGGUGACCGUGAAUAUGGACUUUUCCGACUAUUUCGCAUCUAUUUUAGGUGACCAUGGAUAUGGGUUUCCGACUAUGUCGCAUCUUGCUGAUGGCGAGAAAUGCGUUGUUUUUGCAUUUUUUUCCGGAAACCUAGUUAUUUGUAAUUCCGUCACCCCUGAAGACGAGAUUACUUACUUACGUCUUGUGAAGAAGAAUUUUUUAACUUUUACCAUAGUCAAUCGUUGAUAUAUCCUUUGUUCGAAUUUAGGUGACUAUAAAUAUAGGCUUUUCUGACUAUGUCGCAUCUAACUUAGGUGACCACGGAUGUGGAUUUCCGAAUAUGUCGCAUCUAACUUAGUUUUGAACCGAGAAACUUAGAGUUGAACGAAAAAUGGUUUUCCGCUAGCUUUUUGGGUGAUUUCGUUACAUGUAAAGACGAGAUGGCUAACUAUUUCAAUUUUUCAAAUGCUCGGUACAUCUUAUAAUGAGGUUUAAGAUAACAUUAUUCUCAUAAGAACUUGGAAAAACAGUGCAAGGUUCUUCACUCUUACAUUUACAAUGAGACUAUGAAAUAACGUGUUUUCUCACUAAUCCGUGCGAAAAAAAGUGAUCUACUGUUUUGUCUAGUAAAUUAUAUAGAGGUACAAAUUUCAAUAACAUUCAACAUUAAUAUUGUAAUAAAAUCUUUCAAAAUAGUAGGCAGAGCAGGGAGAGUAUACAUAUUUGUAUUGUGAAACUGUCGAAAUAUAGAACAUCACCGAAAUUUACAAAAGAGUUGUAAACGUAUGAAGUAUCAUCCUGACACGUGCGUUUACGCUUGUUAGAUUACACAUAUUAUGUACACAUUGCAAAUAUGAAGGGUCCCUAGUCCCUCAGAUCGUGUAUUAUACAUUUAAUGUACAACUACAUUUUUGACUCCAUGAUGGCCUUUCACGCUUUACUACUUGUGUACAUAAUAAUAGUUUCAUCACCCUUAAUCUAAAUUCUGAAAGUAAAGCUUCUGGAUCUAACUUGUAUGUUGUCUGGUGUGAUUUACAGUAUCGGCGUUUCCUUACAAUAGAGUUGUAACAUAAAACUGUUAUAAACAUGCUACUGUACCCUAGAAUAAAUAUCUGGAAAAUUGGACCUUGAAUACGGUCAUAACUCAAUUACUGGUAAAUCGUAAUAUAAAAUAAAAUAAAUACUGUACAAUUGUUUAGCGUAUUUUAAAAGUUGAUAUAAUCUGUCGAUAAAUGUUGUUUGAGUGUUAUUGAUGUUACUUAUUAGUUUUAUGGUUACCAAUAACGAGUGAAAAGCGUUUUUCUGUGUUACCAAAUAUUAUUGUAUCAUUUAAUUUUAAGUGUGUGUGUAUGAUUCUGUAAAUUAAUUUGUUGUUUUAAUUAUGAAUGAAUUGAUUUGUUUUUUUAUUAAUUAUGUAAAAUAGUCUGCGUGACACAUUUUAAACCUGGGUGUAUAUAUUUUAAAUUUUUAAGGACUUUCAAAUGAGACUUACCUAAGAGAAUUUUUGCAAAAAUUGUUUGAUAAUGUGAUGUUCUAAUAUGGAUGCCUAUAAAUGUAUAUAGAUGAUGUUUUUAAUCCGCUGACUGAGUGAAUGUAUUAUAUUCUACAUGAUUGUUCUGGUAUUGUUAUAAUUGUAUAUAUAUGUACGUUUUAGUGCCGCUUUUUUUAAAUAGUAAACUCCAAACUCCAACAUCAUAACUGCAAUAACGGCUAAUGCCAACUGUGUGAUCUCUCGUAUAAUUGUUGCACUUUUAUACUCGCGUCUUAUCGGUGUAUGUACACAUUUUGUUUGUCUCUUCGCAUUACUGGUAGCAUACACAAAUACCGUGGACCUUCUACGCUAAAGGCUUCAGAAGAAAUAUGGGAUCAGUAUUCUGAGACCCUUUCAUACCACCCACAGCACUUUCACAGCCUCUAGAGUCAGCUGUAGUUGGUCUUUUUACAUUUUCUUUACUGACUUUAUAUAGUGAAUAUAGCUUAGAGACAAAUAGAUGUGUAAUACUAUUAUAAGUUCAGGAAAUGCCUGUGGUGGAAGGUAAUUCAAUGCUUGGCGCAGUCGGUCCGCGCAAUUGGUGACUUUCUAUGUCUGAACGAGUUACUCCGUGUUUCGGAUGGCACGUUAAAUUAUAGGUUUCGGCUGUCCAUUUGGCAUUCCUGUGUAUUUGGCAGUGGUGAAGUCGUGUUUGGCAGAAAGUGAGCCUUAUCGGGAGCUAUCGUUUGUACCGUUGAAGGCGUUAGGAAGACAGUCGUUCCAUCUAAAGACUAGAAUAACUACAUUCAUAGAAGUCCAUCCCAACUUAGAUGGGAAAAGGCCAGGCGGAUGAAAUGAUAAUGUAUAUGUACUUUCUUUUUUUCUAGGACUACCUUUCACUUACUAUGCUUUAUAUGUUUAUUUUUAUCCUGCUAGAGCAUUGACUGCCUAAACCGUGCAGCUCCCGGUUUCGAAUAGGGCUGACCCAUAUCAUCCUGUGGGUGUCGUAAGAGACGACUAAGGGAACUAUGGACCCUGUGCAUAAUAUUCAGCACCUUGGGUCGAUCCUCAGGCGGAGGGAAAACUGCCAACAAAAGCAUUCCCAAGGAGGGUUGACGUCAGGCAGGCGGCCGGUCAUAAAAAUAAAGCCAAAUCCAUUAGCAAUACGUCCAGUAUAAUAGAUAUGAGCGAUAGGGCUAGAGCGUACCCCCCAGGCGACGCGCAGGGGCAACACCCGGCCUCUGUGGGAAGUGGUUGGAUCAGAGUAUGAGCAUUGAAAAAGAAGGAUGAGAACAGAGUGCAUGUAGCAGGGAUGAGAAUGUUGAGAUGGAUGUGUGGGGUUACCAGAAUGGAGAAAGUGAGAAAUUAGUAUAUCAGAGGAAGCCUGAGGGUAGUGCCAGUGACAGAAAAAAUGAGAGGUCAGCGUUUGUCGUGGUAUGGUCAUGUGAUGAGACGGUGUGAAACGCGUGCUACAAAGAAUGUGCUAAGUAUGAAUGUGGAAGGGUGGAGAGGCAGAAGUAGACCGAAGAAAAGAUGGAUUGAUUGAUGGUGAAGGGUGGGCGUUUUGGGGGCUGUCUUUUGUAAAUAUGACGUUAAAAAGUGCUGAUUUUCAGCCUACUUUGAAUAAAUGCUUUUGAUUUUUGCCUGAAAGAGGACAUGAAGCAGAAGGGAGUGGAUGUAAGAAUUAUAUCUGACAGAGAAGAAUGGAAGAAAAAGACAUGUCGCUCCAACCCGAAAUGACUUGGGAGCAGGGCAGGAAGAUGAUUUGAGCAUUGACUGCCUAGUUGGUCUAGUGGUCGCAACCGCGACUGCUAUGACUGAGGUCUCGGGUUCGAUUUCCGGGUCGGGCCGAAAUCGUGGGUUUAUAAACUCUUUACAAAGCAGCCCGUAGUCUGGACGUAGGUGAUGUAUUCACCCGUGCAUCGGCGAGCACGUUAAUGUCGGUCGUGCGCCUGAUCUCUCUCCGGUGGUGUCGGAUUACCGUCCCAUCUGGCUAUGAGAGAGAAGGAAUAGUUACUAUAAUAUGUCCUGCGCAGCUGGCUGAUAUCGGCCUCGGACGUAUUAUUACUAGAGCAUAAGAACACAGUGCGUUAUGGUGCCACACCGCAAAGUUCUUGGAAGACUGGAGGCACAGGAUGCGUCGCACAUUCAAUUCUCAUCUGAGCGGUUGCAAAUUCGAUGUAGCACCGCAGCGCAUCGUGCGACAUGUCCGUGAAAAUUGUAUGUGAGACGACACAGCAGCACUGCUGCCACAACGCAUCAACGCGUGGGUGAAACACCAAUAUUCACCACAAGCACCGUGUCCGUAUGCUCUAAGACUGGUGGGAGGACUCUCGUGCCAGAGUUCGACUAGGUAGGUACCACCGCAGUGUCAGAUAUUCCGCCGUAAAGCAGUAGAGUAAUGCUCUGCUGUGUUUCGGAGGAAGGGCACUGUAGCUAGUUUUUACUGGGCACACCGAGACGUAACACCUAAUGUCUCGACCGCGGCGCCGUGGCACGCAGGCCUCCUGUCCUGGGCACUGCGAGGCACUGCGCCGCCUGGGCAGGCAGUCCGCUUGGUGUGAAUCUCCAUCGAGCGGACUGCACUGCCGGCUCCUACCUCUACUCACAGCCGAAUUCACUACGAUACUUAUUUGCACUUUAGCUAAUGAUCUCUAUUUCCAUUUAAUAAACGCUCGUCUGCCGCCUGACGCAGGGGCGGCAUGCUUGAUUAACUGGAAUUAGAGCUCAUUUUGCGAUAAAGUGCAAAUAUAUAUCGUGGUGCUAAAAUUCGACUGUGAGCCGAUGUACGGGGCCUUUUUUUUUUUGUUGACCCCCCCUUUUAAUUUCCUCCCCCAUAGGAUAAGUUAGUUAAGUAUAGUCCUAGGGUUAUUUAGAUUAACCUCCCCACUCAGUGACAUUUAAUGAUUACUUAAGUCAUUCCUUAGUGACGGAAUCCCAUACAAAUCCUUCACUAAGGAAUGGCUAAAGUAACCAUUAAAAGAGACAUUUAAUGAUUACUUAAGUCAUUCCUUAGUGACGGAAUCCCAUACAAAUCCUUCACUAAGGAAUGGCUUAAGUAACCAUUAAGAGACAUUUAAUGAUUACUUAAGUCAUUCCUUAGUGACGGAAUCCCAUACAAAUCCUUCACUAAGGAAUAUCUUAAGUAACCAUUACAUGUCUCUGAGUGGGGAGGUAAGUUUAAUUUUACGUAUAGGUAGGUAGGUUUAGGUAGGUUAAGAUAGGUUAGAACGUGGGUUUGAGACAAAAUACUAACUGUCAACAAAUAAAACAGAACUGAGAUGUCUUUAGUUUAAGUAGUUGUAAGUCAUAAAUAGGUAAUAUUAUUGAGAUUAAUUAUAACUGGAUGCCAAGCGUUGCCCAAUGCCUAAUGAUGCCGAACUUAAAGCCGAAGUAAUUUUAAGGAAAUGCAAAUAUAAUGUUUCAAGCUCUUCGAUUUUCAGUUAAUAAGGGCUCGUUAUAAAAAAUGCCGUAUUUUUUUUCGUUUUGUUAUUCUUGGGUUUAUAAUUUUUGGAAAAGAGCCCUUUGAUUAAAUUUAUUUUAUUUUUGUUUUUUCAGGAGCUUGAGACAUUAUAUUUGAUUUUAGUUUUAAUUAUUCGACACUAUUUAUAGAAAUUCAAUCUGAAUACUUCAACCUGUCAAGCAAUCAUCGCAAGCGUCGCAGACCUUGCCCGUCAAAUCGUUCCAAAUAGGUUGAAUUACUAGAAAUAGGUUUAUAAUUAUUUUAUAUGGAGUUUGUGCGAUUAAAGGCCCGUUCCUAAUCACCUCUUCGCCGGUUGGGGUGCUUAGAAACCGGCCUUCAUAAUCGUCUUACAAAAUGACCAUUUUAAUUUUAAUUAUUUUCACUAUUUAUAGAAAUUCAAUCUGAAUUAUAUGACGGGCAAGUGGUGCAGACCUUGUCAAAUUGUUCCAAGUAGGUUGAAUUACUAAAAAUAGGUUUAUAAUUAUUUUAUUUUAUAUGGAGUUUGUGCGAUUAAAGGCCCGUUCCUAAUCACCUCUUCGCCGGUUGAGGUGCUCAGAAACCGGCUUUCAUAAUCGCCUUAAAAAUACGACCGCGCACUAAAACGUACAUAUUUAUACAGCGGACAUACUUAUUAUAAUUUAAUUGUAUUACCUUAAUUAAUUGAAUUAUUAUCACAAUUUACGGCAUAAUGAAAUUUGAAAAUACUUAAUAUAUGUUUUAAAUGUA